AAGCAGGGACUGCAGCAAACAUGGGUGACAUGACCAACAGCGACUUUUACUCCAAAAACCAAAGAAAUGAGUCGAGCCAUGGGGGCGAGUUCGGGUGCACAAUGGAGGAGCUCCGCUCCCUCAUGGAGCUGCGGGGCACUGAGGCUGUGGUCAAGAUCAAGGAGACUUAUGGGGACACCGAAGCCAUCUGCCGGCGCCUCAAAACCUCACCUGUUGAAGGUUUGCCAGGCACCGCUCCAGACCUGGAAAAGAGAAAGCAAAUUUUUGGGCAAAACUUUAUACCUCCAAAGAAGCCAAAAACCUUCCUGCAGCUCGUGUGGGAGGCGCUGCAGGACGUGACGCUCAUCAUCCUGGAGAUCGCUGCCAUCAUCUCCCUGGGGCUGUCCUUCUACCACCCGCCCGGCGAGGGCAACGAAGGAUGCGCGACGGCCCAGGGUGGGGCAGAGGAUGAAGGAGAGGCAGAGGCAGGUUGGAUCGAGGGGGCCGCCAUUCUCCUGUCAGUUAUCUGUGUGGUCCUGGUCACGGCCUUCAAUGACUGGAGCAAAGAGAAACAGUUCCGGGGCCUGCAGAGCCGCAUCGAGCAGGAACAGAAAUUCACCGUGGUCCGGGCUGGCCAGGUGGUCCAGAUCCCUGUGGCUGAGAUCGUGGUUGGGGACAUAGCCCAGGUCAAAUAUGGUGACCUCCUCCCUGCCGAUGGCCUCUUCAUCCAGGGCAAUGACCUCAAGAUUGAUGAAAGCUCCCUAACUGGAGAGUCUGACCAGGUGCGCAAGUCUGUGGACAAGGACCCCAUGCUGCUUUCAGGGACCCACGUGAUGGAGGGCUCAGGACGGAUGUUGGUGACUGCUGUGGGUGUGAACUCUCAGACUGGCAUCAUCUUUACCCUCCUGGGGGCUGGUGGUGAAGAGGAAGAGAAGAAAGACAAAAAAGGUGUGAAGAAGGGGGAUGGCCUUCAGCUACCAGCAGCAGACGGUGCGGCAGCUUCAAAUGCUGCAGAUAGUGCGAGUGCCAGCCUAGUCAAUGGUAAAAUGCAGGAUGGCAAUGUGGACACCAGCCAGAGCAAAGCCAAACAGCAGGACGGGGCAGCCGCCAUGGAGAUGCAGCCCCUCAAGAGUGCCGAGGGCGGCGACGCUGACGACAGGAAGAAGGCCAGCAUGCACAAGAAGGAGAAGUCCGUGCUGCAGGGCAAGCUCACCAAGCUGGCUGUGCAGAUCGGGAAGGCGGGCUUGGUGAUGUCAGCCAUCACGGUGAUCAUCCUGGUGCUCUACUUCACUGUGGACACCUUCGUGGUCAACAAGAAGCCGUGGCUGCCUGAGUGCACGCCCGUCUACGUGCAGUACUUUGUCAAGUUCUUCAUCAUUGGCGUGACGGUGCUGGUGGUCGCCGUGCCCGAGGGGCUCCCUCUGGCCGUCACCAUCUCGUUGGCCUAUUCGGUGAAGAAAAUGAUGAAGGACAACAACCUGGUACGCCACCUGGACGCCUGUGAGACCAUGGGCAAUGCCACAGCCAUCUGCUCAGACAAGACAGGCACGCUGACCACCAAUCGCAUGACAGUGGUACAGGCCUAUGUCGGUGAUGUCCACCAUAAAGAGAUCCCCGACCCCAGCUCCAUCAACACCAAGACCAUGGAGCUGCUGGUCAAUGCCAUCGCCAUCAACAGCGCCUACACCACCAAGAUUCUGCCCCCAGAGAAGGAGGGCGCCCUGCCUCGGCAGGUGGGCAACAAGACGGAGUGCGGCCUGCUGGGCUUUGUGCUGGACCUGAAGCAGGACUACGAGCCCGUGCGCAGCCAGAUGCCAGAGGAGAAGCUGUACAAAGUGUACACCUUCAACUCCGUGCGCAAGUCCAUGAGCACUGUCAUCAAGCUGCCCGACGAGAGCUUCCGCAUGUACAGCAAGGGGGCUUCUGAGAUCGUGCUCAAGAAGUGCUGCAAAAUCCUCAAUGGGGCGGGAGAGCCCCGUGUCUUCCGGCCCCGCGACCGGGACGAGAUGGUAAAGAAGGUGAUUGAGCCCAUGGCUUGCGAUGGGCUCCGCACUAUCUGCGUGGCCUACCGCGACUUCCCCAGCAGCCCCGAGCCGGACUGGGACAAUGAGAAUGACAUCCUCAACGAACUCACCUGCAUCUGCGUGGUGGGCAUCGAGGACCCGGUGCGGCCAGAGGUCCCAGAAGCCAUCCGCAAGUGCCAGCGGGCAGGCAUCACGGUCCGCAUGGUCACUGGCGACAAUAUCAACACGGCUCGGGCCAUCGCCAUCAAGUGUGGCAUCAUCCAUCCUGGGGAGGACUUUCUGUGCCUCGAGGGCAAGGAGUUCAACAGGAGGAUCCGCAACGAGAAGGGGGAGAUUGAGCAGGAGCGAAUUGACAAGAUCUGGCCAAAGCUGCGGGUGCUGGCUCGCUCCUCCCCCACGGACAAGCAUACCCUGGUUAAAGGCAUCAUCGACAGCACACACACUGAGCAGCGGCAGGUGGUGGCCGUGACGGGGGACGGGACCAACGACGGGCCUGCACUCAAGAAGGCCGAUGUGGGCUUCGCCAUGGGCAUUGCAGGCACUGACGUGGCCAAGGAGGCCUCAGACAUCAUCCUGACAGACGACAAUUUCAGCAGCAUCGUCAAGGCAGUGAUGUGGGGCCGCAACGUCUAUGACAGCAUCUCCAAGUUCUUGCAGUUCCAGCUCACAGUCAACGUGGUGGCUGUGAUUGUGGCCUUCACGGGCGCCUGCAUCACGCAGGACUCCCCCCUGAAGGCCGUGCAGAUGCUCUGGGUGAACCUCAUCAUGGACACGUUUGCCUCGCUGGCACUGGCCACCGAGCCGCCCACAGAGACCCUGCUGCUGAGGAAGCCGUACGGCCGCAACAAGCCGCUCAUCUCCAGGACCAUGAUGAAGAACAUCCUGGGCCAUGCCGUCUACCAGCUUGCCCUCAUCUUCACCCUGCUCUUUGUUGGCGAGAAGAUGUUCCAGAUCGACAGCGGGAGGAACGCGCCCCUGCAUUCGCCACCCUCAGAGCAUUACACCAUCAUCUUCAACACCUUCGUCAUGAUGCAGCUCUUCAACGAGAUCAACGCCCGCAAGAUCCACGGCGAGCGCAAUGUCUUUGACGGCAUCUUCCGGAACCCCAUCUUCUGCACCAUCGUGCUGGGCACUUUUGCCAUCCAGAUAGUAAUCGUGCAGUUUGGAGGGAAGCCAUUCAGCUGCUCUCCACUGCAGCUGGACCAGUGGAUGUGGUGCAUAUUCAUUGGGUUAGGAGAGCUCGUUUGGGGCCAGGUCAUCGCCACCAUCCCGACCAGCAGACUCAAGUUCCUCAAGGAGGCAGGCAGGCUCACGCAGAAGGAGGAGAUCCCGGAGGAGGAGCUCAACGAGGACGUGGAGGAGAUCGACCAUGCGGAGCGGGAGCUGCGGCGGGGCCAGAUCCUGUGGUUCCGAGGCCUGAAUCGGAUCCAGACGCAGAUUGAAGUAGUCAAUACUUUCAAGAGCGGGGCCUCCUUUCAGGGGGCCCUGCGGAGACAGUCCUCGGUCACCAGCCAGAGCCAGGAUAUCCGCGUCGUGAAGGCGUUCCGUAGCUCUCUCUAUGAAGGUUUAGAAAAGCCUGAAUCUCGAACCUCCAUCCAUAACUUCAUGGCUCAUCCUGAAUUCCGGAUCGAAGAUUCCCAGCCCCACAUCCCCCUCAUUGACGACACCGACCUGGAAGAAGAUGCCGCACUCAAGCAGAACUCGAGCCCGCCGUCAUCACUCAACAAGAACAACAGCGCCAUCGACAGUGGGAUCAACCUGACGACCGACACAAGCAAAUCAGCUACCUCUUCAAGUCCAGGGAGCCCCAUCCACAGCCUGGAGACAUCGCUUUAGCUGAGGACCCUGUCGCCUGCCCGCCCGCCCUCAUGGACCCCGCUGCCACCCGCCUUCCGGGCACCCAUCCAUCCAGGCACCCAACUCACCCAAGCAGCAACGAGCAACAAUCGGAAACCAAAUACUGGAGAGAAAACCAACGUUUCCACCAACAGACCCUCUCUCUGGCUGCGAUGCUGUUUGAACUCUUUUUCACUUCGAGGCAAGGGGCGGGAUCUCCACUGGGGGCUUACGGGAGUGAGCGGUUUUCCCAAAACAAGCCCUUCCUGGCUCCCACCCAGACAUGGACCAGCCAUGCACCCGCCCAGCCACCACGUCCCCCGCAUGAAUGUACUGUACACUUUCAAUCCUCCCCUUGUUUGGUUUUUGGGGGUUGGGGAGGGGGUUUUUUUGUUUGUUUGUUUUCUUAGGCGGGAACUGCAAACAGACUCUUUUCUGAGACUAUUUAUCCAAUCCACUGGUCUGUGAGUUUUUGAAAUGCUUGCGCAGCAUGGUCUCAGUUGUAUAGAUUAAUUUAAUAACUUUUUGAAAUUGCAGAGCUUAACUCGCCUAGUAGAUUUGCACCAAUGGAACCGAAGAACUUCAUAGACACUCACAAGGUUAUAUCCAUUUCUUUGUAUCUAUAUCAACGUAUACUUCUCCAAGACUGUAUACGUCCAUAUAGAUAGGUAGAUAUAUAUAUAUAUAUAUAUAUAAAUAUAUAUACAUGGAUAUAUAAAGUUUCUUUGCCGGCAUGUUG